GAGUGCCUAGGCCCCUGGUGGCGGUGGAGUUGGACUCGCCUCAGGGCGACGACGUGCAAGAGGGGGGCUGCUGGCUCGAUGGCGUGGAAUACUUCGUUCCGUCACGAACCACUGCGCCGGUCGUGUGGAAGACGCCCAAAGAUGUGGUCUGCGGCAACUUUCCGGAGCUCGAUCCCUUUGCGGAUCUCGACCUCUCAGACAGCGACCAGCCGUGA